AAGUGUGAGUGCUUUCAGGAAAAGGAUAAGUUCUCCCAAAAGAAUGCAAGCAAAAUGUUUCUCAUAAGAUUUUUCAUUGUUGACUGGCUUCUUGCUGCUUCUUUUGUAACUUCGAUCCAAUUUACACUUCGAAGUCAACUUGAAUCCAACUUGCUAGAAGCCUUGGAUUCCACUGAAAAGGAACUUUCCACUGAGCUUUCAAAAAUAAAAGAUGUGACAAAACUCAAAUCAGUAUCUCCGAAGAAUCUGAAGUCUCUGUACUUCCACAUAGAAGAUUUAUCUGUUCAGGUGACAGAUAUGCAGUUGACCAGCAGUGAGCCAAUCCUGGAGCAGACCAACAUGGACGUCCUUGGUCACAGGAUGGUACCCGUGGUGACCUUCCACUGGGCAGAGAUCAAGGGGAAGCUCAAGGCAGGGGUCGGCAAUAAGGAACCCCACAAGUUUGACUUUAGUUUAGUGCAAGAAAAACUAAAAGGAAAAGGGGUUGUGAGCUUAACAGCUGAUUUGAUCAAUGUGACUUGGUCUUACAUCUACUUCAGACCUAACUCCACUUCGUGUGAAAUCAAGGGUCUUAAUGAUUCAGCUGAUCCGAUUCUGUCCAAAGUAUUGAAGUCUUCUAAUUUCAGUGAACUAUUAAGCACCAAAUUGCAAAGAGAUAUUAGCUACCAGUUGACUGAAACAAUUACGAAAACUAUCAACGAAAAUUUGUGGCGUUCUUCAAAGUUAAAAGAUCUUCAACCUUAUGCUGAUGAAAUAAGUGCAAUUGGAAUAAACAAUACUGAAAAUGCUAACUUGUUCAUCGAUAAUAUACUGAAAGUGGGAGGAACCUUGAUAAGACAAAAGUUUGGUGACCGAAUUAAAAUUCCAGAUAUUGAAGAAGGAUUUGCAACAAAAGUCCUUGUGACAUUCAAGGGGAGUUUCCGAGCGACGGAUGGAGUUGCUGUCGGAACUUCGUCAGUUUCGCGAAUCGGAGAUGUUAUCUUCGGCUACAACAACGAGUCGCUGUUGCACUUCUACGGAGCUCUUGGUUUUCAAGACCUUCAUCUGCACUAUGGCUACUACAAGGCAGAGAUGUGGGGAAUGGGACCGUCUGGCUCUUUGGACACUUCUUUGGCUCCCCUCAGAGUACUGGCUCAUGUGUUUUUGAAUACUACGUCCAAAAUGAUCACAUUGAGCAAGUUGAAAAUCAUAAGUGUCGGGGAUCUAACCGUGACCCUCACAGGCCUCGGAGGAAUGAUGGACUGGUUAAUAUCCAGAGUAACCACAUGGGUCGUAGGCAUGUACAGAGAUCAAGUACUUCAACUACUUGAGUCACAAUACGAACAAUACCUCAAGGACGUCUUCAGCUCCUACACAUUGGAAGAACUUCUGAAUGGAGGGAAGAAUGAAAACUUUGUCAUGAAAUAA